GAUCUUAUUUUGGAGUUUUUGAACAAUCCUAAUAAAAAGAGAAUAAUAUUUUCAAUUAAUGCUGGAGGUCAACUGUAUCCCUCCUUCAAUUUCCCCGUCAAGCCACGAACUAAAGUGGCAUAUUUCAUACGUAGUUCUAUUCCACUUAACUUGACAGAGGAAAAUAUGCUUGACGCUCUGAUGAUUGGCGACCUUCUUCCAAACCCUUUGGCUAAUCUGUCAGUGCUCUGUGAUGAAGUUUUUUUUCCGCUUCUUAACAACAAAGUCAAUCAAACCGGUUGGACAAGCGUGAUUGCAAAUGACAUGAAGACUGAGUCUCAGGAAAUGCGCAAUGGCAUUGCUCAAAUGAAAGGACUUGUUAUCAAUCGGACGAUUUUUCCCCUCCCAAUUUGUAUGGAUGAGGUUAUGCAAGUUGCUCCAGCUAUUGCUACAGGUGAUAUUUCUGUAGUUAACCCUCUAAUGAAGCACUCCCUUGAGUUCAUGGUGGUAAAGUGGCUGGAUUCAGUUGAAGAUCUUGUAAAUAUAAAAGCAAGAGAGAAGAUAUACUCAAAAGAAAAUUACCCUCUACCGGAAGAAAUUUUAUAUUUUGGGAGUCACGGCUUGAGAAUCUUGAGAGUUUGGCUGAUCAGCUUGGAGAUAGGCGAAUAA